AUGUCUCAACUUGUAUUUACAUCCCGGUGUGUAUCUCAUGAUUAUCAAACUACGGCAGUCGGACCAGUGAGCGUAGAAUUUCCAUUACCGUUGGGCGAGGGGUGGGGGGAAAAGGCAGCGUAUCUUACGCCCGCAAAUAAACAUGUAGGCACUUCGGAGAAACUAGGUUUAAUUUCUCCACCAGUUGAAACUGUUUUUGUUGAUCUAUCUCUAGCAUUCAAAGAUCUACAAUAG